CUCAGCUGCUCCCACCCACAUCCUUGGCGUCAAUCUUCAAGUUUCCUGCCUGUCGGAUCCCUGGCCAAACGUCACAGAAGCCGCAGCAUCACAGCCGCCAGCGCCCAUCAUCGCCAGCGCCCCUCCACCCGGCUAACCAAAGAGCGCACUGGAGGCGGAGGGGCAGCAGCCACCAGCCCGCUCCCCGCCCCCCGGACAGAGCCUCCGUCAGCAUGGGGGUGACAGGUGUCAAUGCAUUCCCAUGCUGUGGCAAAAAUUCUGUGGACAUCGUGGAAAGAACGAAUGACCACCACCAGCAGCCCCACACCCCUAAAGAAAAGGAGGAGGACGAAACAGAGCUGGAAGCAGAGUUACCCAAGACGGAGUCCCUGCCCAUAGUGCUCCCAGAUCCAGGCCCAGUACCACAGCUGGAGGAGAUGGGGCCAGUGGUAGACUCUAAGCCCACACCUGAGCCUGAGGAAGACUACUUCACUGAAAGCCUGGAGCAGAAAGGCUACAGGAUCGAAUCUCUCAAGCCCUAUGAGGAAGAGCGGCAAUCCAGAACCUGGAGCUUCAAUGCAAACUCAAGCAACAGGGAAGAGGAGCAGGUGUCCACCACCCAGUUCCGCUCCAUCCGCGUGCAGACCUCCAAACACCUCUUCUGGGCGAACAAGCUCAUCCAGGCGUCAGAGCACAGCCUCCAGCAGGCCUUAGAAAAACAUCGCAAGAGCCCCCGGGAAAGGAAGUCUGUCUGCAUCUCCCAGGUUCUCACAGACUGCGCCCCGCGACCACCCAGCCCCUGUCUAUCUUGCUCCAGCCUGCCCACAGCCAUUGGCCUGGCAGAUCUGAUCAACUUUGCGUCCUCUCUGGCUGUAGCCUCCUCCAGCCACAAGGAAGUGCCUAAUUUAGAAAAUAUGAUCAAAGCUACAUCCGAGAAGUUGCAAGAGACACCUAUAGACCUUUGCCAGCCAGUCCAGUCCAUCAAGUUUACCCAGGCUACCCAGAUCACCCAGAUAACCUCCGAGAAGCAAGAGAAGUCAUUUGAAGACAUGACAACUCAGAAAUCUUGGACUCCAGAAACCAGUAAUGUAGCUUGCUCUUACCUAGAUUUUAGCAAGACGGGACUCAAGAAUGCCACCAUCCAAGGGGAAGUGAAGUUUGUCCAGGCACCAGCCAAGUCCUCCCAGCUUCAGGAAGCCAACGACUCGGUGCCGGGAACCAAGAAAGGGAAUCCAUUAUUGCUGAAAAUCCAUUUUAAGUUGUCAUCCCCCUUACCCCAAAAGAAAUGACUAGACAAAAACAUUAAAGCCUCCAGUGCUGGC